ACUAAAUACUUUUAAUUCUUAAAGGAUAACAGUGUUAUUUAACCUAACAUUAGCAGUACCGUAAGAUAACACGAUUAACAUAAAACAAAGAUAAAUCAUAAUGAAAUUCACACAGUUAUUAUAUAAACAACAUAUAGGUAAAGCAAUAAGAUACCUAUGGCAACAUCAACGAGAAAGAAAUAUAGUAUUGUCUAAGGCGGAAGAAAUUUUAAAAUCCAUGAAUGUUCCAGUAGUUGAUGCCACACAAUUUGUGUCAGAACAAAGCAAAAGUCAUUUAAGUAAUUUUGAAAUAAUUGAACAUUUAAAUACAUCUAAUGAAACAGAUCCUGAUUGUAUGAGUAAGAAUUGUUUAGUAUUUGAAAAUCAUAAUGUUUUGCAAGAAGGUAUACCACAAGCAUGUUUAUUAACAAAUACAUUAAUAGUUGAUAAUGAACUGCCGAAGAAAAUACAAGAUUUAAUUACAGUCAUUCCAGAUAAUAUAAACAAUUUAUUAGAAAGAAUUGUUUAUACAUCUGUAAUAUAUGAUGCACAACAAGUAAAAUUACCGCGUUUAAAAGAUCCUAAUCGACCUGCUUGGAAUUUUCCAAGAUUAUAUGGUAUAUGUACUACAAGGAAAAUGCAUAACUUAUCAAAAAAGUUUUUGCAACUUUGUGAAUCAUUAUGUGGAUUAAAUGAUGCACAAUGCAGAUCUGUAGUGCAUAAUGGACUUUUGUCUACAUGUAUAGGAAGAGGAGACAACCUUAUACAGCUAUCCUCAAAAAUAGAUAUAAUGAUGACAUCUUCAGUACCUUUGACACCAAUAGCAGAUGUAAAUACGGAUAAUGAAUUCGAAAUGCCUGAUUUAUAUCCGCUACAUUAUACAAUUGGUUUAACCAAAUCAAAAAUUUCCAGCACAGAACAGGAUUUAUAUCCAGUUACUAUAGAAUCACCAUUUAUAAAUGCUCACACUAUCUUCGUAAAUAACGAUCCAGAGGAAGUUAAAAAUUUAACUGAAUUGCCAGUUACAGAAAAUCAAAUUUAUGCACGUUCUAUGAUGAAAUCAUUUAUUGUAGCAGUAACUUGUGCACGACAAAGAUUUGGAUUGUGUGUGAAGAAAUUACCUGAACCUAUUGUUGUACAAUGUGUUCAAUCAGAUGGACAAAAUUUUCAUUUUUCUGUCUACCAACUUAAUACUUUAGAUAUUGAUGGCAAUGAAGAAAUCAGAAAUUUUUGGUGGUCAGAACCAUUAAUAAAAUUGUACGAUGAAGCAAAAUAUGAAAAUGGACAGCCUUGUCUUAAGAGCUACAAUAGUGAUGUUUUUAAAAGAAUUUUUGCAUUUUAUAAAAAUAAAUAA